UUAUCAACAACAGAGUCGGUCUGUGGAGCUAACGUUAUCGAGGGACAGAGCCUGUGAGUGUUGUUUUGAAUUCGCCAGGAGACACCGACUGCAGGAGGGGGGUCAGGGUCUGUGGAUAAGAUGGCGGAUGUAGGAGACGAUGAAACUCGGCCGGCUGUCCCUUCGACAUCCCGUAAUGGUCCGGCCGUCGGCUCGUCGACAGGCAUCGCGGGCCAGAACGCAGCUAUAGUCACGUCAGGUCCACGGAUGGUGAGGAUCGUUAAGUCGGAGUCUGGAUACGGGUUCAAUGUUCGCGGUCAAGUGAGUGAAGGUGGACAGCUACGGAGCAUAAACGGGGAACUGUACGCUCCUCUUCAGCAUGUCAGCGCUGUGUUGCCAGGAGGCGCCGCGGACCGAGCUGGAAUUGCAAAGGGUGACCGAAUUCUCGAAGUUAAUGGGGUGAGUGUGGAAGGUGCCACCCAUAAGCAGGUUGUAGACCUGAUCCGUGCUGGAGAAAAGGAGCUGGUCCUGGCUGUGCUUUCAGUCCCAGCUCAGGAGGCUGAUGGAUUGGAAGGAGGAGAGGAUGUCCAACCCAACUAUGACUACAGUGACAAGCAGGCCGUGCCCAUUUCAAUUCCCACAUACAAACAUGUAGAACAGCACUCGGAGAGGUUUGUGGUGUACAAUGUGUACAUGUCGGGUAGACAGCUUUGCUCUAAGCGCUACAGAGAGUUUGCCAUCCUGAACCAGAACCUAAAGAGGGAGUUUUCCAACUUCAAUUUUCCAAAGCUUCCUGGGAAAUGGCCCUUCUCUCUCUCUGAACAGCAACUGGACGCUCGUCGUAGAGGCCUGGAGGAAUAUCUUGAGAGAGUUUGCUCUGUGCGGGUUAUUGGGGAGAGUGACAUCAUGCAGGAGUUUCUCUCUGAAUCAGAUGAAAAUUACAAUGGAGUGACAGACGUAGAGCUGCGAAUAGCCCUGCCCGAUAAGACCACCAUCUCUGUCAGAGUCCGCAAGAAUAGCACCACAGACCAGGUGUAUCAGGCAUUAGUGAUGAAGGUUGGAAUGGACAGUAUUAUGGCGAGCUACUUUGCACUUUUUGAAGUCAUCAACCAUUCCUUUGUACGAAAGCUGGCGCCUAAUGAGUUUCCCCACAAGCUUUAUGUGCAGAACUACACGUCAGCAGUGCCGGGGACUUGCUUGGCACUCCGCAAAUGGUUGUUUAGCUUCCAGGAGGAGGAGUUACUCAGAGACAAUCCGCUGGCGCUGCAUUACUGCUUUCACCAGGCACUGGAUGAUGUGAAGAAGGGAUUCAUAAAAACAGAGGACAAAUCCUACCAGCUGCAGAAACUGGCAGAGCAACGCAAGAUGGCCACGUACCUGAGCCUGUUGCGGACAUGUGAAGGCUACAAUGAGGUGGUGUUUCCUCACUGCUCCUGUGACUCCAGAAGGAAGGGACAUGUCAUCACAGCCAUCAGCAUCAAUCACUUCAAGCUACAUGCUUGCACGGAGGACGGCACACUGGAGAAUCAGGUGAUCGCUUUUGAGUGGGGAGAGAUGCAGCGCUGGGACACCGACGAGGAGGGCAUGGCUUUCUGCUUCGAGUACGCUAGAGGAGAGAAGAAACCUCGCUGGGUCAAAAUCUUUACUCCAUAUUUUAACUACAUGCACGAGUGUUUUGAGCGGGUCUUUUGUGAGCUGAAGUGGAGGAAACAGGUUGAGGAAGAGGCAUCUGACAAAGACAACAAAAACUGCAGUAACAGUGAGUUUCUGCCUCCAUUGGAGACACAGCAAAAAGGAUGGCGCCACCUAGGGGGGGAGAUUGCAACGUCUUAAAACCACGGGUCACCACUCGAAACUACAACUGGUCCACUCGCAUCAUUACAGCCACCCCAGAGAGCGCCCAUCUACAAACAAAGAACCUGAGCGACAGAACUGACACAGUCCAUGCCCCGAAAACUGGAAAUGACCAAAUUUGGGAAAUUGGAAAAGUGACACUUAACCAAACCCAGGGAUACACACACAACAAGAAGAGCAAUGAAGGAAGAUAAACAAAAGCCAGCUUUCAUUUCAUGCACUUGAUCUCCAUAGUGUGUCUGUUCUCCUCCAUACAAUUACCCUGUGAUGUGGCUGGACACGAGCCAAUUCCCGCCACUGGUUGAGAUGUAACGCAUAUCUGCUGCACGUGACCGGUCAGCGUGACCACAGCAAGGCAACAUUUGCUCUAAGGAACUUGACGAGGGAGCUGACGUCUGGGGUGGGAUCCCCGACGCAACACGAUCGACCCAAGCCGAGGCCAGAACCGGAGCCUUCAUCUGCAGAACCGAGCUCUGGCGAUGGAACACAACGGGACAGAAAAACAAACUCCUGUCGGUUAGCGACGAAAAA